AUGAAGUUCUUUGAUAAGAAGAGAGAUUUUGAGACAUUUCAAGAUGGCGAUCAAAUUGCAGGAGUGGAUGACACAGAACAAGGUUUCUUAGAAGAAGGCUUUGAUCAGGACUAUGAACCUAAAGAUGAAGAUGAACGUGAUUUCAACCUACGUGGACAAUUCAAUGAUAUCAAUGACUCCGAAAGAGAAGAGCUCUUGGCAGAUGCAGACAAUGAUGUCGAUGAUAUGCCAGAACUCACUGUCAGAUUCCAAGGACAUGAUGACUAG